AUGCACCGGUUGAACUUUCCACUCUCUCAUAUUGAUUAUUUGCCGCUUCUGAGUUGUUGUUUAUUUAUUUAUUUUUUUUUGCUCCAUGCCUCUCUGCAGCCCUCCUGCUACGCUUGCUCAUGUCGCUUCCGCGUUGGUGUUAUUGUGCAUUGUCCCGUGGGCAGUAGGAAAGAGAAAGGAGGGUCCAAAGUCAACCUGGCCAGACGCUCUCUCCGUGCGUGUGUGUCUCUUUUUUUUUUUCGGUGGUGGGAGCGGGAAGGGACAACGAGGGGGGGGAGGCAACCACCACGAAUGGUGGGACAUGUUGGGGAGGGUAGUCGUAGAAAGUCUCGAAAAAGACAACGUGAUGAUUCCUGUGAAAAUAGCACUCAUGACAAGAAGGCGAGGAGUCAUGGCAAUGAAAGCGGUCCAUCCCCUUCUUCCAUUGCCUCUUUCCACACAAACGAGGAGUCAAUGCCUCUUCACAGUUCAACUCGUGAAGAAUUUGAUGACAGGUUGAGACACGUCACGACACCCUCCACCUUGCCACAUAAGAUGGAUGUAGAAACUGUUGGCCUCACGGAUAAGAAUGAAGGUGGAUCUUUCUUUAUUAUCCACCUCAACGAAAGGCCAUCUCGUGUAGCCGUGACCACGCCUUAUAUAAAUCCUCGGCAGUUGUUUGGACAUGCGGGUAUUUUAUUGCAGGAUGUCACAGUACCCCGUCAUCCAAUUCUUCUUCUGCCUUGUCCGCAUACGGGCAACGUCACGGUGCAUCCGCGACGCCGUUACAGACUGAUGAAGUUUAUUGGGGAACACAUGUGUCUUGCGGGGGACUUUUACCCAGUACUGGAUGAAGAAUACCAACAGCGCAGACAGAAUUCUUCCGAGGCUUUCCGAAUACGGCAGCGAGAGUCGUGGGCAAUGAGUGAGUUGAUGGGCAUGAUGAAAUUCCUCCAGUCUAACCCGCAGAAUAGUGUGGAUGACUUUUGGGCCCUUCCACCAGAGGAGGCAGCGCGUUACCACUCGUGCGGGAAUGUUGCACUACUUGAACGGAGCGAAGGCAUCCAGUCUGAGAAUAAUGACGAGAUGGAGUCCGUAAGUGAUGAGGAACUUGGUGGAGCCAGCAGCAGCAGCAGCAACGGAGACACUUAG